AUGCGUUCGUCAAAUGGACCAUCGAAGUUAUUUGUUGGUGAUAUUGGUAAUAAUCGUAAAUCGGAUUUAAAUCGUUUAUUCAGUAAAUAUGGUGAAAUUGCAACAAUUUAUAUUGAUGAUAAUAAACGUUUUGCUUUUGUGGAAUUUACAUCAUCAAAUGAUGCACAACGUGCAUUGCGACAUACAAAUAAUAAAACAGUGAAUGGUUCAAGACUUCGUGUUGAAUAUGCUAAAUCGGAUAAAAUAUCUCGCGAUAAUCGACGUCCAUUAUCGCGCGAACGUUCACCAGCAUCACUUUUGUAUAAUCAUUUACAGGUAACUGCAAAUCGUUUACCACCCAUGCAAGCUAUACGUCAAAGCUACUAUCAAUAUCAUCCAUCUACAAUAGUGCCUAAUUCAACUAUGUCUCGUGGUCGUUCAUUAACACCACCUUCAUAUAAACAAAAUGCUCGUUUAUCAUCGAUGAAUCAUUUACGAACACAAGAUUUCUAUCCACCAUAUUAUCCUCAGCAUUCAACUGUUUAUACAGAUUCAGCUUAUUAUCGAGCAUACGGAGAUCCAUAUUUAAUGCAACGAUUACCACCACCAACUUUUCUUCCUCCAACAUCAUCAUCACCACCGCCACCGCCACCACCACCAUCAUCAUCAUCGUCAUCGCAUGCUUAUCGAAAUAUGUAUUCAUCAUCUGGUUCUCAUCGUUAUCCACCAGUAACGUCUCAUAGACGAACACGACGAAGUCGUAGUCGUAGUGGACGCAGAAAUUCAACAUCACGAAAAACUCGAUCUAGUCGUGAAAGAAAACGUAAACGACGAACUUCAUCAUCAUCGUCAUCUUCUUCUGAAGAACAACGUGAGCGUGGUCCACAAACACCACCAUCAUCAAAUCGGACUAAAAAACGAUCGCGCUCAGGUUCUGAUGCAAUUGCUUCGACAUCAGAACAAAAAUCAGCUUCAUCAUCUUCUUCUGAAGAUGAAACUUACGAAGAUAAACAAUCAAAUUCCAGAAACAUUGAAUUGAAGCAAGCAGGNAUAGAAGAUGUACCUUCUAUAGAAUUUGAAUCAACAUCACGAUUAAUAAGAGAAAGUAUACCUUUAAUUGAAAUCGAAUCAUCAACAACUACUGCAGCAUCAUCACCAACAUCAACAGAUUCCAAGUGUUCUGUAACACGUUCAAAAAAGAUUAUUAUUCGUAAAUCAAAUAAAUCCAAACAAACACUAUCAAUACCAAAAGCUAUUGAAAUAUCAACACCAAUAACUGAAGAUAUAUCUGAUGAUGAUGAUAUGCCACUUAUUGAUAUACGUAAACAUAAAACAAAAUCUUUUGAUACAUUAUCAAUUCCAUCUGUAAAAGAUUCUAUUAUUCCAUUAGCUACUGAUCUUCAAUCAUUACCUGGUCAUUGCCAACAUGAAAUACGUGAUAUUCGUUUUUUAAAUUAUUCUGAUAUAGAUACAUUAUCAAUGCAUUUUAAUACAUGUUUAUAUAUUGAUGAAAGAUCAUCAUCAGCAACAAGACAAUAUAUAUAUAAAAAACAUUAUAAUGUAUGGAAUAAAAUUUUAAAAUUAUAUUAUGUAAAAACAUUUCGAAAAAAAUUUUCAUCAGAAAAGUCUUCAAAUAAAAAUGAUAAUUAUAAACAACAACCAUUAUCUGUGAUAAGUUCACCAACAUCAAUAUCAUUUAAAACGGAUUGGAAUGUUAAUCGAAGAAAUUCAUCAGCAACACAUCGACAUACACCAAAGAAUUUCUUUCAUAUUUUACAAUUAACUCCUAAAACACAAUUAAUACAAUCAGAUACUUCAUCAUCAUCAUCAUCAUCAUCAUCAAUAACAACAAAAUCACCAAUUCAAACUUUUGAACGUAUGAAAGAUAUUCUUGCACGUACUUAUUAUCCACAUUUUUAUAAAGCUAUUGAAUAUGGUUAUCAAUUUGGUACAAAAUCAAAAUUUCCAAAUACACAACAAUUAAUAACUACACAUAAUGACAUUAUAGAUAUUAAAGAAAUGCCUGAAUCACCAAAUUUACUUGAUGAUUCCAUAACCAUUACACUUAAAUCUCCACCAUCAACAACAAGACGUGAUUCAAAUGUAAUUCAACAAUCACCUAUAGUAACACCAACAACAAAUGAACAAAAACUUAAAAAAGCAAAAAUCGAUGAUAAAUCUUUAAUACCAAAACAGAAUCAAUGUCAUACGAAUGAAAAUAUUGAUGAAUUAUCACCAUGGAUAAUAAGAAAAUCAGUUGUUAUUUUAACACCAGCUAAAAUUCCUUUACUAUCACCGCCAUUAAGUGAAAAAGAAAAAAAUUUACAUACAACAAAUCGAAAACGUAAAUCAUCAAUUACAACAACUCCAAAUAUUACAGAACGAAAAAAGAAAAGAAUUGUAUCAUCACCAUCACCAGAAAUAAUUAAUCAAAUUGAAAAUAUUUCUGAUUCGGAAAGUGAUGAAGAUUUGUUACCUUCUGAAUUGCCAAAACAGUGUUUUAUUAAAAAUGGUCUUCGUUCAAAUUAUUAUAAAACAACAACAACAAAUACUAAUUCCAAGCCUUCUAGUAAUAAAAAUCGUCUUGAAAAUCGACGACGACAAUCAUCAGGUUCAUUACCACCAUUUUAUAUGGGAAUAUUUGAAUCUGAUGAUGAUAAAUCAUCAUAUAUUAAUUAUCAUCUUCCCUAUGACAUUUAUUGGUUUGGUCAACAACAAGCAAAAGAAACAACAAUAAUUAAUCCUCCUACUCCUUCUUUAGCAUCUUCAUCAACAUCAACGUUUCAACAUACAAAGAAAAAAUCUAAUAAACCAAAACAAAAACAACCAUUACCUUAUAAAAAAAUCUUACGCAAUGUUUAUAUAGAUCAAUUACGACAAAAUCUUUUAUCAUCAUAUAGUAUAGAAAAAGCACCUGUUUGCGAUUGUAAACCACCUGGAAUAUGUGAAGAUGGUGUUUGUCUUAAUCGAAUGAUAUUUACAGAAUGUCUUCCAGAUUGUGCUUGUAGUGUUAAAUGUAGUAAUCAAAAAAUUCGUAAAAGUCAAUGGUUUAAACAUCUUGAAGUAUUCGAUACAAGUAAAUACGGACAAGGUUUACGUACAACCGCUCCAAUAGCAAAAGGUACAUUUGUAUGUGAAUAUGUUGGUGAAAUAAUAACUGAAGAAAAAUUUCAUGAACGUAUGGCAAAUUUAUAUUCAAAAGAUGAACAUCAUUAUACGAUGAAAUUAACACAAAAUUUAGUUAUUGAUGCUUAUCGUAUGGGUAGUAUAGCACGUUUUGCUAAUCAUUCAUGUUCACCGAAUUGUGAAUUUCAAAAAUGGACUGUUGAUGGUUUACAACGUAUGUGUAUGUUUUCAUUACGUCCAAUAAAAGCAGGUGAAGAAUUAACAUAUGAUUAUAAUUUUCAAUGUUUUAAUUUACAAGCUCAACAACCAUGUUAUUGUGAAAGUUCAAAAUGUCGAGGUACAAUUGGUACAAAACAACAACCAACAUUAACAACAACAACAAAUAAUACAUCAGUAACAACCAUACAAAAAUUAACCCAACGUGAAAAGCGAAUGAUUUUACACUCAUCUAUUUUUCUUUUACGGAGUUUAAAACGAAUUAAAGAAAAACAAGAAUUAAGGAAAAAAAUUGAUAAUAAAUUAAAACAAUAA